ACCAAACGCGGGCCAGAUAGCCAGUCUUUAUUUCGACAAAGCUUGCCAACACCUUCAAUGGUGCUGCUAUAACGAUGUCGACAUGCAAAGCAGCCAUUCGCCAAUGGCCUCGUUGCCUUCGCCGCCAGGCACCUCGAAUCUCCCUUUCGCAUCUUAGCCGGCCGGUGCUCCAACAGCCUGCUCUUCGCCGUACUUACGCUUCGAUCUCCGCCGCGGAGCUCAAAUUCGGCCAGCCGCUACACGAGACACACCCCCAUAUACUGGAGCCGGGAGAGCUGACACCCGGAAUAACGGCUCUCGAGUAUGCCCAGCGCCGAUCUCGUCUCGCGAACAAACUUCCCAAGUAUGCCGUCGCUGUGCUGGCUGCUGCUGAGGUUACCUACCGGGCUUCGGGCAUCUUCAAUGAAUACCGACAGGACUCGAAUUUCUUUUACUUGACCGGGUUUAACGAACCUAAUGCGCUGGCUGUCAUCGCAAACGAUGGAUCCGGGAACAACCAUCUCUUCCACCUUUAUUGCAGGGAGAAGGAUGCGAAGGCGGAACUUUGGGACGGUGCUCGUUCGGGUACCCGCGCGGCGAUUGAUGUCUUCAAUGCGGAUGAAUCCGGUGAUAUCGAACGCAUUGGGGACCUUCUUCCCAAAAUCCUUGCGGAUGCGACUGAAAUCUACACCGACAUUCCCGCUUUCAACCCCGGAAGGUCAUCUCUGCAUCGGUACCUCUACGGUCCUACGGGAGCUUCCGAAAAGCUCAAGAAAAUAGUCGACCACCGCAAGGUUAAGCCUUUGCGCUCCAUCCUCAAUGAAAUGAGAGUCUUCAAAAGUGAGGAUGAGGUCGUUCAAUUGCGUCGUGUUGGACAGGCAUCUGGAAGAGCGUUCACAGAGUCUAUGAGGCAGACGUUCUCCAUGGAAAAGGACCUGACUGCUUUCUUGGAGUACAACUUCAAGCGCAAUGGUUGCGAUAAUAGUGCUUUCGUUCCAGUCGUCGCAGGUGGUUCCAACGCCCUGAGCAUCCACUACACGAGAAACGAUGACGUUUUGAGGGACGGGGAUAUGGUUCUAGUUGACGGAGGUGGUGAGGCAGGCACUUACAUCUCCGACAUCACGAGAACCUGGCCAGUGAACGGCAAAUUCUCUGACCCUCAGCGCGACUUGUACAAUGCCGUGCUGAAUGUGCAUCGCAGCUGUGUCUCACUGUGUCGCGAAGAUGCUGGACUCAGCCUGGACCGGCUGCAUAGCGUUGCGGAGACCGGCCUGCGAGACCAGCUGAUACAACUUGGAUUCGAUGUUUCCGGAGGCGCCAUGGGUAUUCUCUUCCCUCACCACCUGGGCCAUUAUAUUGGUCUGGACGUGCACGACUGCUCCGGGUAUUCCCGGGGAUAUAAUCUCAAGGCAGGCCAAUGUAUCACUGUGGAGCCUGGCAUCUACGUUCCAGAUGAUGAGCGGUGGCCGGCACGGUUCCGGGGCAUUGGCAUCCGGAUUGAAGACAGUGUUUGUGUUGGAGAUGACAGUCCCAUUGUAUUGACCACGGAGGCAGUUAAAGAGGUCGAUGAUAUCGAGGCCCUUCGUGAUUAAGAUGGACGAGGGCCGAAAUUGUGUAAAGCUAGAUACCCUUGCAUAAGAUUGUAACAUAUAUAACAUAGUGAACCGAAAAUUGGAG